UUACCAACCAAACACUUUCCCAGAACCUGCAGCUCGGGCUGGAUCAGGGAGCAUGGAGCGGUGGAUCCACGGGGAGUGAGCCGGGCGGUGGAGCUGGUGGAGCUGGUGUUGGGUCGCAGCAUGGCUCCGGAGCACAGGACCCUCCUCAGAGCGGGGGGGCUGCUGCUGCUGCUGGCUGUUCUCGUGGUUCCGUCGGCGUCCGGCUGUAACCGAGGUUUCUACGAGCGGAUGAUCAAUGAUUUCUGUUUCACCAAGUUCGAGUUGGACAUGGGGGGAGUGGAGCGCGGCCUGUGGUGCAGCUGGCCCGACACCACGGAGAUGUACGAGGCGCUGACCAACUGCAGCUACCAGGUGGCGCUGAGGAUGGACUGCUAUUGGCCCAACCAGGUGGUCGACCGCUUCUUCGUGCGCGUCCAUCAGAUCUACUUCCAGGACUGCGCCCUCACCGGCCGACUCCUGCACGACCCCCCCGUCGGCAUCCUCGGGCCCUUCAUCGCCGUGCCCGUCCUGGUCACGCUGCUCAUGACCGCCCUGGUGGUGUGGAGGAGUAAACGCACCGAGGGCGUGCUGUGAGGCCCUGAGGCUCCACUGGACUCACGUGUGAGGUUGUGUUGUUCUUGUGUGUUUGUGUGCCGGUCAGAGGGAAAGUGAAGAAGCUGUUUGAGGUUCCGAGGCGUCGGAGGAGGUGUGUGUUCAUCACCACCUGCUCCCGAGGCCCGAAACAAUCUGUGAGCACAUAAAUAAGGAGGUGGGGAGAGGAGGAGGAGGAGGAGGAGGCCCGGUGGCGACAGCAGUGACGCAGAUGAUUGAGGAGGAAACAGGAGAAACGGAGAGGAGAAGGAGCUCAGGCUCGUUUAUCACCGAGAGGAAAAACAAACACAAUCCUGGUUUUAUUCUGGUCUCAUCCGCCGCCUCUCAAACCGAUAUAACCGACCAGAUGUUCCCUGGACCACAUCUGUAUCACUGAGAGGUUCUGACGGCUGAGUUGUGACACGUUCUUCUUCAGAAAUCAACAAUAUCAGAAGUGACAGUGUUUGGAAUGUGGAUUUCUGUUCUGCUCAUGAGAUGAUUUAGAGAAAUAUAAGUUUAAAGACUGUCUGACAGAGCUCCCUCUAGUGUUCACUCCCUGUUACAGUUCAUAUCGAUUUUGAAAUGUUAGUUUUUAGUUUUUAGUUCUUAAAUCACGUUGCAUCAACUUAGUGGAUUUAUGAAUGGAGCCCCGACAUCGCACUUUUCUUUUUAUUAAAGCUUUUACAAAUG